GAAGGUUUAAAGAAUACCGUUAUGAAUCGAACAUGUCAAUCUUGUAAAUUGUGGGUUACUUAAAGGGACUGUUAAGGAAAAAUAUAAUGGGUCCUUUAAAAUUAUAAUUUCGUUCACAGUCCUUAAAAGUCUGCGCCAAGAUUUUAACUCUGGGAAAAUGCCAUUUUGAGUAGUAGUCAAUUAGAAAUAGUAGUUUUAGAAGAUUAUUUUACCCAAGAUCUGAUUCGGUGAUAUUUCUAGCAAUCCUAACCAUCCUGGAGUAUUGAUAUUGAGCAAUCCAGUGUUUUUUUUAUUCUUUUAGAAUCCUUAAUCAUUUGUAUGUAGAGUGCACUGAAACUGGUGAAUUCUUUGCUUAAUUAUAUGAAGAGCUUAUUUUUAAUAAAUGUAUUCCCAUGAAGUCUUAUUGUUGUAUAAGAGAUGAUUUUGUAUUGUAUAAAUUAAUCUGAAUCAAUUCAAGUUUUCAGAUGAAUAGUAAAAAUGUUGCUUUGUUUAAAGCACCCUCAGAGGACUGUCAGGACAGGUAUGUGAAAGUUCUUGAAGAAGAUGGGUUUAAUGUUAUUCUAGUUCCUGUUAUACAGUUUAAAUUUGUUAACCAACAGGAGUUGAGUACUGCUGUUGAAUCAGCUGCCGAGUAUACUGGAAUAGUAUUUACAAGUAAACGAGCUGUGGAAUCUGUAGUAAAUUUACAAAUUGAUAUUCAGAUCUUGAAAGAGAAAGAUAUUUAUGCUGUGGGACCAGGAACAGCUGAUUUUCUUCAGGAUAAGUUUGGAUUUGCAAGUAAGGGUUCUGAAACCGGAUCAGGAGAAGCUCUUGCAAUUUUUAUAAUCGAAGAAAACUUGAAAUCUUCAAGAAACCCGUUUUUACUGUUCCCUUGCAGUUCUCUAUCACGCGAAACUAUGACGACACCUUUAGAAAAUGCUGGAAUACAAUGUAGAAGAAUUAUAAGUUAUGAAACUUCGGAAAAUCAAGACUUGAAAUCCAUCAUGGCUGUCCUUGAACAACAGAGUAUUUGCGCAUUUUUCAGUCCUUCUGGCGUCAAAAGCGCAAUGCCGCAUUUUUCCUCGGAGCACUUGAAAGCGGCAAAAUUUGUAGCAAUCGGUGAAACAACUAAACAGGCGCUAGAAAAUUAUGAUAUAGAUGUUUAUUGUGCUGAAGAACCAACCCCUGCUGCAAUUCUAAGCUUGUUACGAGUAUUUAAUUUAUGUAAUUAGUGAUUCAUCAUAGAAUCAGAUAGAUAUGCAAAUUAAAAAAAAUUUAGAGUUAACAAUCUGUGAUAUAAUUAACUGUUUUACGGUAUUUUUUUUUAGCUUCUACAACUUUGGAAUUUCACUUUUUUAUACAUUUGGUAUCAAAUAUAAUGUUGAUUUUUUUUUCCAAAUGAAUUUAAAUAUCAAAUAAAUUUGCCAAUGAUUUUUCGAUUGUUUUUGAUUUGUAAUCCAUUGGAAGGUAUUUAAAAAGUGGGUUUCCAUUUGCAGUUGCUCAAAAAUAGCGCAAAACUUGAUCUCAGUUGGUAACUGUAGAAUGGUGGAUAUCGGGAUUAAUACUUGAUCCACUCUUUUUCAUAAUCUCAAGAUUAAAUAACGGUUCUUCUCCUCUUGUUGUUAAUCUCUAGAUUGAUUUACCAAUCGGGAUUAAGGAUAUCCUAUUCAAAAGUUUUCAGCUCUGAAGUCAUAUCUAAACAAAUUUAAAAUCUAUCUUGUUACAUGCAGCAAAAAAUAAAUCGUAUUGGUCGGACA